UAUAAUAUACAUAUUAUAUAUUAUAUAUAUUUAAUAUAUUAUAUAAAAAGUAUAUAUACUUUAUGUAUAUGUUAUAUAAAAUAUAUACAUGCUUGUUUAUUUAUUUGACAGCCAGCAAGCACAGGCAGGGGGAGCAGCAGACAGAGGGAGAGGGAGAAGCAGGCUUCCAGCUGAGCAGGGAGCCUGGCAUGCAGCUGGAUCCUAGGAUCCUGAGAUCAUGACCUGACCCAAAGGCAGAUGCUCAACUAACUGAGCCACCCAGGUGCCCCUCAGACUUUUGUGUUUUUUGUUGGUGAUUGUGCUGUUUAAAGUACCCCCCAAAACAGUGCUAACAUGCUAAUGUUCCUGAGAGCAAGAAGCCUGUGAUGUGCCUCACAGACAAAACACGUGUUGAGUUUCAUUCAGGCAUGAGUUACACCACUAUAGGCUGUGAGGUCAGUGUUAAUGAGACAUAUAUAGAAAACAUACAUGUUAAGUUUGAUGAGUUCUUUAUAGAUCCUGGAUAUCAACCUUUUGUCUGUACUGUCAUUUGCAAAUAUCUUCUCCCAUUCCAUGGGUUGCCUCUUUGUUUUUUUGACUGUUUUCUUUGCUAUGCAGAAGCUUUUGAACUUGAAGUCCCAAAAGUUCAUCUUUGCUUUUGUUUCCUUUGCUUUUGGAGACAUAUCUUGAAAGAAGUUGCUGGGGCUGAUAUCGAAGAGGUUACUGCCUAUAUUCUACUCUAGGGUUCUGAUGGAUUCCUGUCUUACGUUGAGGUCUUUUAUCCAUUUUGAGUUUAUCUUUGUGUACGGUGGAAGAGAAUGGUCGAGUUUCAUUCUUCUACAUAUAGCUGUCCAGUUUUCCCAGCACCAUUUAUUGAAGAGACUGUCUUUUUUCCACUGUAUAUUUUUUCCUGUUUUGUCGAAGAUUAUUUGCUCAUAGAGUUGAGGGUCCAUAUAGGGCUCUCUACUCUGUUCCACUGGUCUAUAUGUGUCUGUUUUUAUGCCAGUACCAUGCUGUCUUGGUGAUCACAGCUUUGUAUUAAAGCUUGAAAUCAGGUAAUGUGAUGUCCCCAGUUUUAUUUUUGUUUCCUUAGCGAUUCGGCGUCUCUUCUGAUUCCAUACAAACUCAACACACAAAAACCAGACAAUCAUAUAAAAACAUGGGCAGAAGAUAUGAACAGACACUUCUCCAAUGAAGACAUACAAAUGGCUAUCAGACACAUGAAAAAAUGUUCAUCAUCACUAGCCAUCAGGGAGUUUCAAAUUAAAGCCACAUUGAGAUACCACCUUACACCAGUUAGAAUGGCCAAAAUUAGCAAGACAGGAAACAACAUGUGUUGGAGGGGAUGUGGAGAAAGGGGAACCCUCUUCCACUAUUGGUGGGAAUGCAAGUUGGUGCAGCCUCUUUAGAGAACAGUGUGGAGAUUCCUCAAGAAAUUAAAAAUAGAACUUCCCUAUGACUCUGCAAUUGCACUCCUGGGUAUUUACCCCCAAAAUACAGAUGUAGUGAAAAGAAGAGCCAUCUGUACCCCAAUGUUUAUAGCAGCAAUGGCCAUGGUCGCCAAACUGUGGAAAGAGCCAAGAUGCCCUUCAACGGAAGAAUGGAUAAGGAAGAUGUGGUCCAUACACACUAUGGAGUAUAAUGCCUCUAUCAGAAAGGACGAAUACCCAACUUUUGUAGCAACAUGGAUGGGACUGGAAGAGAUUAUGCUGAGUGAAAUAAGUCAAGUAGAGAGAGUCAAUUAUCAUAUGGUUUCAUUUAUGUGUGGAGCUUAACAAAUAGCCUGGAGGACAAGGAGAGUUAUAGAGGAGAAGGGAGUUGAGGGGAAUUGGAAGGGGAGGUGAACCAUGAGAGACUAUGGACUCUGAAAAACAAUCUGAGGGUUUUGAAGGGGCAGGGGUGGGAGGUUGGAGGAACCAGGUGAUGGGUGCUGGAGAGGGCAGGGAUUGCAUGGAGCACUGGGUGUGGGGCAAAAACAAAGAAUACUGCUACGCUGAAAAUAAAAAAAAAUUUUAAAAAACCAUACAUGUUAAAUAAGGUAUGUUUAACAGAAGCACACAUAAAACAAGGUUAUGUAUUGAUUGACUAAAAUGUUGUGACCAGACCAAUUCCGUGUUUCCCCUAGGAGUCCCCAGCAAUCUCUAAUUCAGUUUUUGUGGCAACUUAUGCAAUGCAAAUACCAUGAAUAAUGAGAAAUGACUGUAGUUAUUUAUUGAGAGCCUCCUACAGGCCAAAUAAUGUGCUAGAACCUCAUUUAAACUAACUACUUCUCAACAACUCUAAAAACUAAGUAUCAUCUCUAAUUUAUAAAUAGUAAAACUCAGGCCUAAAUAAUUGCAAUGUCAUUAAGCAGGAGGGAGGUAAGCCAAAGCUGGGUAGCAUAUGGUUCUAAUGUUCUCUUUCCUUUUUCCUCAGUUCUUUUGUGGACAAAUCCCAGGAGCCAUCUUGUGCAGUUCAGUCAUAUUCAUGUCCCUGACUCCCACUAGAUUUCUUUUCCAUUGAAUUGAACACAGCACUCCCCAAAGCUUUUCUUCACUCUACAGCCACACAAAUAGAAACCUUCCUAUUGAUUCUGGGAUUUUUUUUUUUUUUUUGAGCCCAAGUGUUUUAUUAAAAAUGUUCCUGAGUGAGUUUCCCACCAUGUUUCCUUGCCAGCCACCUUGUGAGGUUCCAGGUAGCUGGCUUGUGAGAAUGGAGGUUACUAUGUCUCCCUGUUCCACAGGUGCUGUGAGCUACCACCAUGACACUGCCCUCUCAUUAAGCUCUUCUUGGGUUGCCUGUCAACCUUUCUUUCUUUCCUUCAACUACCAUCCACUGUCCCCUUGCUUGCUGUCUAUGAUCUGCCUCCAACUGUUACUCCAGGAGAGCAACUGUCUCCUUGUGAGGGGGUAGGGCCAGAUCCUGGUAUGGCAGCAGGUGAACAAGAUGUGCUUCCAGACUGGGGUCUUAGACAUGUGUCACUCUUGGUUUUGAAUGAUGUCUUUGUUACCAACAAUCAGGUCCCCGAAGACUAUGCUCUUGUCCCUCAUCAGGCUAUCUCACUCUCAGACUGAGGCCCCAGCUGAUUGUCCACCCAGUGGUACUUCUCACCCAAUUCAUACUUUAUCAGAGGGCUGUUGCAGAUGAAGGCUUCAGUGUCCAGCAUGUUCAUCUCCUGCAUGGUUUCCAAGGCUUCAGAGAUUGGCUCCAAGUCUAGGAAAAAGCCUUGGGUUUCAGUCAUUUGCCACUUUGUCUGCUGGCUCCAGCCAAAGGGCUCAGUACUGCUCUUGGUUGAGGGAAUCCAAGUUGCAUUUCCAGUGCCACCUGUGGCUCCCCUAGGAGGCUGUAGGAGAAGCCCCACAGGAGGCUGGCCUUGAAGUUGGCCAGCAUGACAUCCAUGUCCACCAGCACCCACACAGGCCAUGGGUGCCAGGUCUGGGAGGCCAUGGAGGCUGGGAUGGGGGACUGGGCUAAUUGUAUAGAGAGCCAUAUGUUUGAUGCUCCAGCCAUAUCCUCCUUCUCUUGUGUCCACAUCUUCUUGCAGCUACUGGGAUUUAAAUCUCCAGGCAGAGCAAAAAUACCCUUUAGUAGGAAAAAAGACAAGGAAUGGAGAUGGUAUGGACUUAGAGAAGCAAGAGCAGAAUAGAUUAAGGUGAAGAGAGAACAGGCAGCAUUACUGGUUCAGAAGAUGCUGUGGGAGCAAAGGGAUAGACCAAGAAUGGGAGCCCAGAGGAGUAGACCCUGAGAUGCACAUGUAAUCCAUUAUAUUUUAAAAUCAUUUUCAUGUCUAAAUCUCAUUUUCAUAUCACAGCCACUCUGUGUAUGCAGAAGACACAUUUUUUCUACUUUACUGAUGAGAAAACUGAGGCAUGAAAAGCUGUAGCAAUUUACUCUAGGUCGCAAAAUUCCCUUUUAUUCCAUGUUCAGAAUGGACUAUUUAUAAUCACACAGCAAAAUUCAGAAAUCGCUUUCCUGAUAUUUCAAAUUUUAAGCCAGUAUCAUGAACAGUCUAUUAAUAAGGAAAGAUAUUUUCCCUUAUUUUAUACUUGAACCAUAUGGCUAUUUCAAUAUUUUUUUUACUUAACCACAGUUUCUCUAAAUUUCAUUGUUCAUGUUGAAGCAUUUGACUAAAAUAUAGCAAAACUACUGUGCCUUUCAAGGGGGUCAAAAUGUUUUCUGUGGAUGGAAACGUGUCAUGUGAAUAAAGAUGAAAGGACCUUUGUUGUACUCCUCUUCUGGGAAUCUUUUUAGGGAUAUUACUAAAGUCAAGAAUAGAUCAGAAAUGAAGAAAAGAUGGGAAUAAAAGAAUAGCUUUCAUGGAAAAUUGAAAUCAUUCCUUUUAAAGUUCACAAUUUCCACCCUGAUGAUAGAUCCCCAGCCUUGCAGGAUGGGUUCUUCCUAGAUAUAAAGGUGACAGCCACGAGAGGAUUUUGAUGCAACUGUGAUUGAUGUCAGCAGGGCCAGGCAGUGAUACUUUAUUACAAAUUUAAUGGACAUUUAUUAAACUGAUUCAAUGGGAGCAGCCCUGGCUAGAUGAGAGAUACAAAAGGAAGAUGCAAUCUAUGAAGGUCUGGGGGACCAGUUAGGGAUCGAAAUUCCACUGAUUUGAGUUGUUAUACACUCAUUCCAUGCCAGGAACUCUUAACAUCAUCAUUUUGUGUUUGCCUCUCACAAGCCCGGACUGGAACAGCAUGAUUCUCCCUCAUGCAAGGUGAGAAUAUGUGGAGAGAUUCGGUGACUUCCCCAGGGAAGCUCUUGUCACUCACCUAGACAGGAAAUAGCUAGGGAAUAACGGAGGCACAGCCUAAAGUUGGGACACAUGUCUAAAAUGCAGAUUUAUGCUUUCAUCCAUGAUACAGGAAGUCUAUGCUUCAUAGAGAAGACAAAACAUGAACAUUUCAGUUCUUUUUCAAUAAGUGAAGUGGUUGUGGAAAUAUUUGCAAGGAGGAAACAUCUUUUUAGUAGAGAAGAGUCCUUGGCUAGUUGACAGAACUUUUUCUUUCUUGGGUUAAAUGUAGUCACUUCUAUUAUAUCCUGAAGCAUCUGGCUCUCCUGGUAAAGACAUGUGAGCACUGCCACAGGCCUGGAAUGUCUCAAGAGGGUAAGAAUAGCCUACAAUGAGAGAUGACUCUUGCUGUCUUCUGGUCACUGCAGUUGUCAAGAAUGCUUUGCCUCAAAGGCAAACAGCUCAGGGCGGUCUCAGCUCAGAGAUAGAAAACUGACCUCCCAUUCCUGAGCUCGAAGCUUUCCAUUUAUAUCUGCAGCUCUCACCUUUAAGUCUUUUGUAGAGAAGAUACAUUUAUUCCUGCAAAGAUUUGCCACCUUCUUGGAGAAUAAUACAGCCUUCCGACGUCUCCAGCAGCCUUGGGUCUGCAACACUCGGGAAAGAUGGAACGUCUGGAUCUGCUGGGAUUCCUUCUUAUCACCGUAAACUGCAACAUGACCAUUGUGGGGAAGAUCUGGCUUAUCUUCAUGGUACUGCUGAGGAUGGUGGUGAUCAUUUUGGCAGGCUCCCCCGUCUACCAGGAUGAGCAGGAGAGGUUUGUGUGUAACACUCUGCAGCCGGGAUGCGCCAAUGUCUGCUACGACAUCUUCUCCCCGGUGUCCCCGCUGCGGUUCUGGCUGAUCCAGAGUGUGUCCGUCCUCCUCCCUUCUGCCAUUUUCAGUGUCCACGUGCUCCACAGAGGUGCCGUGCUCGCCACCCGUGGACUCUGUGCGCCAGAUGGCGGUCCCACCCGCCCUGAGCCCUGUGACCAGAGCCCUGGGGACAGGCACUCCCCUCCGCCCUGCAGGGAGCCCUACCACCUGACAGUGCCGGAUUUCUCCUCCAGCUACAUCGUCCACCUCUUCCUUCGGGUGCUGACCGAGGCAGCUUUUGGUGCCUCGCAUUACCUCCUCUUUGGAUUCUUGGUCCCCAAGAGAUUCUCUUGCACCCACGCUCCCUGCACCAGCGUAGUGGACUGUUAUGUCUCCCGGCCCACGGAGAAGUCCAUUAUGAUGCUUUUCAUGUGGGCAGUCAGUGCGCUGUCCCUGUUGCUCAGUGUGGCUGACCUCCUCUGCAGCGUUCGUGGGAGGACGAGUAGGGGCAGGGCCCCCGCCAAGGAUCCCCUGGGCCACACCGCCGGCCGCCCGCUGUCCCGGAGCCUGGGCGCUAGGCCAGAUCCAAUGGCCGGCAGUGGUGCGUGGGUGGAGGAGAGGGCGCCCAUCCACCCCGGCCCGUGGACUGGAGCAGAGGGUGCCGACAGCCCCAGUGGGAAGUCCGCUGUGUCGGGGCGGAUGGGGCUUCCGGAUGAAGAUGAGAGCGAGGUGCUGUCCUCUGCCAGCGAGAAGCUGGCCACGGCUUGCAAAGAGCCUGGGAGUAGGGCACAGGCGGAGGCCUCCCAGGACCCCAGGGUCGAGGGUCCCACAAGGUCAGAGGAGCAUCUCUUAGUGUCUCGGAGCCGGUUGGGCCGGCGCUAUGCAUCCAGUCAGCUACCGCCCCCCGACGGGCUCGCCAACUCCAGAUCCAGAAAGUCUGAGUGGGUCUGAAGAGGGAGUGCCAGGCAGCCCCGGGGUGUCCUGUCCUGUCCAAACAGACACGUGGCCCACGAGGAUGCAGACUCGCUUUAGCCUGUGUGAAAGCUAAUCCUCUAGGUUCCGAGAGAACAUCCGCAGGCAGAAAGGCGAGCAGGCAUGGGACCCAUGGACGUCGUGGGACACUAACUUCCUCGAGACACAGAUUGAUUUAGAUGACAAUUUCUCUUGACAAAAGCACUUCACAUUGUGCUUUUGACAAUGUGACUGGAAGCUAAAAUGAUUAAUUGGAGAGUGUUAGGGGUGGAUGAUGCCACGCUCUGUGUUUUAUUUAUUUAUUUUUUUGAACCAUAGUAUGUGCUUAAUUUAAGUGUGUUGUCUUCCAUUAAUAGAGCUCAUUAAUGUUUUCAUGUUUUUCGGUGAAUUAUUAUGAAGUAUUAUUUUUGUUUUUCUGUUUGGAUAAAAGAGGCAUCUGAUAUGCAUGUUAUCAAUAAAGAGAUACUAGUUUAACUUCUCCCCAUGCCUUUAAUAAAAUUAAUUGUGAUGGAA